CCUUCCUCCACACACGGACGGGAUCUCUCCGGCAGAUAUCACCGCCGCCGCAUUCCUCCGCUCACUGAAACCGACCCACACACUUUCUGGAUACUUUUUUCUGUUGGAUUUUAAUGCCUGAAUUAAUAAUUCAUCUAGCACUACUUUCGGGUAGUUUGCAUAUCUUCUCCGUCGGCGUCGAGCGGCUGCGGUGCGGGGCUCCACAUAUCCGCAAGCUGUGUUUAGGUGCCCUCUACCAGCCCCUCUCUGGAUGCAUCGGACUCCUCUGCCCCGGGGCCCUGGACCCGGUGUGUGACCCCGCCGCCCUCUCCCCGCUCCCCCUCCCUCCCUUCUCCCUCCUCCCCAAACCCCCUUCUACCUGUCCACUUCGGAGCUCCUGUCCUGGGCCCCCUGCCUCUCGACCAGCGGGCAGAGGCAGGGGGCCAUGGCGCCAUGGUAGCCUUCGGCGGACGCAGCCCCCUCGCCAUGAGCGGCGUGAACCCUCCGGAGGGCAGGGUUCAGGGGUCGAACUUUACCCCGCAUCAUUACAAGCCCUUCAGCUCGCAUGAACACUACCAGCAGGUGAUGCGUGCACUGCGUAAGCUCAAGGAGAGUGGGUUUUACUGGGGGGCCGUUGGGGGCCGGGAGGCCAGCUCCCUGCUGCGCUCUGAACCCCCUGGCACCUUCCUGAUCCGCGACUCCUCGGACCACCACCACUUCUUCACCCUGUCCGUCCAGACGGCUCGGGGAACCAAGAACCUGCGCAUCCACAGCGAGGGAGGCGGCUUCUUCCUACAGCCGGACCCCCAAAACACCCAAGAGCUUCCACAGUUUGAUUGUGUGCUGAAACUCAUAGCGCAUUACAUGGGGAAGGGGCCGGAUACUGGAAGGACCAGAGACGGGGCAAGUGGGGGCAAUCCAGGAGAGGCCAGAAUGAAGGGGCGCAACGUGUAUCUGAUCCACACCGGUGGAGAGAAAGUCCCCCUGGAGCUGCAGCGACCCCUCUCAACUUCUCUGUCGUCCCUGCAGCACAUGUGCAGGAGGACACUGAACAGCCGAGGCCUGGGGGCGUCGGAGCGGACUGAGCAGCUCCCGCACACACUUAGAGACUUCCUGGAGGAGUACGAUGCUCCGAUAUGACUGACAGGACCUGCAGAGGUUCCGCUAUAUGGACCAGGUGCCAGGAGGACCGCACAGACCAGUUCUCCGCGCGAGAACAUCCUCACCAUCCGAGACUGACCAGACUGAGCCCUUCGAUGCUAACGUGAGGUCGGCUUUCCACAGUGGCCAGAAGAUCCCAGACCUGUUAAAUCACUGAUGGACACUAUCUACCUAGAGUCUCCCACUGACCCGAGGUCUGGGAUGAGAAGCGUGAUUUGGGUAACCAACGAUUACCUCGUCCAUCCUGCCUUGCAAAAACUGACCACUAGUGCGAGUGGCAGCCGAAGCCGGAGGUCAAAGGUCAACGUUUCCUAUGACUGACUCAGACGCAGAGCAGUGCCUCGUAGAAAAUUAACUUGAUCGGUCAAUAUUAACGAUGACGGCGAAGGCGUGAUCGAUACCCCCCCCACCAGUGAGCUCGGUGGGUUUAAUGUGCUUAAGAAGAAAGCUCCUCUGUCAGCACGACAUUUACAACACUUUGGAUCACUGGACAGAGAGAAAGACGGCAGAAAGGCUGAGAGGGAGCGAACUGAAGGAGGAGCUGCAGAGAAAAAGCAAAGUCCAAACGAGGGGCCCAACGCAGAGAACGCACACUGUUUGUUUGUCUGAGUGUGUGUGUGUGUGUAUUUGUGUGUUGUGGUCGUGCACACAUUUCCAUUGCUGCUUCCCGCAAGUGUUGCCUCAUAGAGGGGAGUGGGGUGGUCAUGCACGCUAGCUGCACACACACACACACACACACACAUGCAGGUACAGGCCCACAUGAAGGCUUUGUUAGCGUGGGACAAAAAAAAAAAAAAAAAACGCAUUACAAAGCAUUUUCUCCUGCUCCUGUUUAUUUCUUGUUCCACCUCCAUUAACCGUACUCUGCCUCUCUUUUUGUUUCGAAGAUGCAUGCGCGACUUUGACAGUGACAGAAAGCAGACUGCUGUUGCCGAGACAAAAGCUUGUUACUGAGACAAAAGCCUUGGCACGGGACCAAACGAAACAGCAGAACUUAUUUUUAUCCAGACUGGCUGGAAAAAUGUCAGCGACACUGUAAAGCUCCUUGGGGGGGGGAAUGACGAUGAUCAUCCCAGAGAUAGGAGAGGGUGAGAAGAGGGAUUCAACCGAGGAGAACGAGGAGCGGGAAACAGGAUUAGGAAUAAGAAAUUGAAAAGGACGGAGGGCAGGGGGAGGGGGGGAGGAGUGGGAGGAGACAUACUGGUAUACAACUAAACAAAAACAAUGGUGUGAUUGAUAUCUCAGACUUAGAGGAAAUGAUAGAGCUCAACAGGACACGGUUCCUGUAAAUAUAACAGCCCGUGCAAAAAAAGAAAGUCUCGGCUGCGUCUUAAUUCUGUCUCUUAGACCCUCUUUGAGUAUUUUUUGCUAAACCGCCCUGAUGUGUUUGAGCGAGUGUCUGUUUGCUCUCUGCCUUCAUGAAGGAGACAAAACGAGCUGACAAGUUUUGUCCCUGUCGCUUCACAAAAGUGUUUUUUUUUUUUAUUGCCCCAUCUACCUUCCAUCGUUACCUCUGGAGCAGGAGUGGACGGUUGUCUGAAUGUCAAGGGAACACGACACUUCCCCCCUCAAGUGAUUCUUAAAAGAAAAAAGCCUUUUGUAAAACGAAAUGCUAAGACUCAGAUUUGAUUUAAAAAGAAAAAGAAACGUGUGGGAGCCAUGCUCGUACUUACCUGUGAUCCAUAUUGGAGUGGUAGCCAUUUCACGUCGUGACGUUUUGUGAUCCCACGUGGCCACUUGAGACAGGCGCGCUGAACCGUAGCAUAGCGACACGUUUUUUUUUUUAAAUCAAAUCUGGGUCUUAACCUUCUCACAUCGACACCAAGUUGUUUUUUUUUUUUUUUUUCUUACAUGUGCUGCACCAGUGGACCACGUGUAUGUGAAUCAUUUGUCUUUUAUAAAGACUCUCUCGCAAAAGGCUGGCCACUAGUCUGGCAGAAUACAAGCUGUAAUAUCUGAAAUGACAAAGCAUUACAAAAAUAAAUGAAAAAGGAACGUUGCACAUAUUUAUAUUUCUAAAAUAUUUCAAUAAUUUAUAUUAAAGAGCACUAUUUUUACAAAAGUCAA